CCAGUGGAGACGGAGACCGACGCUCAGGCAGCAAGAGAAGCAUUACGCUGCCGGGACAAUGAAUCGCUCAAGAAUAGACCACACGUUUUAUCAUUCAAAAAGUACAUUUAUUUAAAGUUAAGAAGAAGAAAGGGAUUAAAUUUGGUCUAAUGAGGGCAGAAGAUGCGAUCCGCGCUGUUUAACGAACCCCUCCGUGAUCUAAGCAGUCUGCCCGAGAGCAAGGGGCUCGGGGUUGGUUUAUCGGGCACGGGACGUGGCGCUGAUAUCGAGCAUCAAUAACUGACUCCGUAUGGGUUAACGGUGCUUGAAUGAUCAUCCCUCGGUAUUUAAUAGGAUAAUUGAACUCAAUACAGUUGGAGCUGUGCGGCUGGUCCCGGUGCAACAAAGGGAAGGGCAACUGUCAGUUACCAUGAGAGCUGUUUCGGCGAACUUACUUGCACUGCUUUUUCUCUGCACUUGUUCCUGCGUGUUUUACGUUUGGAGCAGACUGGAAAGCCAGCUGGAGCGAUACAAACGAGGGCUCCACGUCACGGCGGCUGGGUCCUUUCACCCCGGCCCAUCGACAGACUUAUCUACCAAAACUUUCCGGGCGUUACUUACCGUUCCCGUGGCACAGAGGCUUCGUUUUGGGGGAAAGCUUGACAACCUCACAAGCGCAAGGGAUCAAACUGUUUCUUUAGGAAGCAGAGAUUACCAUAUGAAUGUAAAUAACACGGGGUCGAAGCUGAGGGAGGGCCAACUGGGGUCCGUGAUUGAGGAUGGGAUUUUUUGGAGUGAAUGGCUGGAUGAUCAACUGCAUGUCGGUUUCAGUGAGGAGCAUGCCCGGGCUUGGCGAGAGAGAGCCCGCGGCAACCGGAUAGUGAAGCUGGAGGCAGGCUGCGGCAGGAUUUCUAAUCAGCUUGCCACUUUUUCUGACGGAACCAAAGCUUGCGUGCGUUACGGAAUAAACGCGGACCAAGUGCAAGGAGAAACUUUGACGUAUUACCUGGCCUGCCUGUUAGGAAUCACAAACCUGCCGCCCCUCAUUCUCUCCCAGUUGAACGUUGACAGUGAACAAUGGGCUUCUGUGAGGAGGAGGAUAGGCGGUUUACAGUGGAGCGAGCGAGCUGUGGUAUCUCUCACAGAAUGGGUCUCCAACCUCACCGGUGUUGUUACUCCUGCACCGCUUCGACAGGAGAGCAACGGUCUCCAUCCUCUCCGCGGAGAGCUGAGUAACAAGACGGUGCCGGAGCUGCUGCAGUUAAUGCAGUGGACCGACCUGAUACUGUUUGACUAUCUGACUGCCAACUUCGACAGACUCGUUAGCAACCUAUUCAGCCUGCAGUGGGACUCGCGGGUGAUGGAGAGGGAUACCAAUAACCUGCUCCAAACGCCAAGCGGCGACCUGGUUUUCAUAGACAACGAGGCCGGGCUUGUGCACGGGUACCGAGUACUAGAUAUGUGGGAGAAAUACCAUAGUACCGUUCUCGGUUCCGUGUGUGUGUUCAGAAAAAGGACAGCGCAGCGCGUUAUAGAGCUGCACCGUCGCAGGGACACGAGGACUCAGCUUCUCGAGCUCUAUCGAGACAGCGAUCCUUUGUCUACAGAAUUAGGGUUUCUAUCAGAAGAACACGCUGGUGUAUUACAGAACAGAAUUGACAGAUUGUACAAACACAUAUUGCAUUGCAAGGGAAAGUACAGCCAGCUGUGAACAUUCAAUCUAAUUCCCAAUUCGCAGGUUAUCUCAAUCUCUCACUGUCCCCAGAGAAUUACGUUUGCUGCUAGUCAGAAGACACCUGUACCUGAUUAACACGCAUCAGUUUAAAAUGGAUUGGAAUAAUCUAUGAACUACCUCUUGUGAACAAUGAUAGCAUAUAUCUGAAAAAAGAUUGACAAUUGUUAUAGGCUUCUCGAUAUAUCACAGCAUACUGUAGUUUAUCACCAAGCCUCAAAUCUUUCUUGGGCUGUAUUUCCUAUUAUUGUCAGAAUUUAUAUUUCCAAAUUGAUACACCGGUUUCCCGUUGAAUAGGAGCAGCCAAGAAGGACAUCAGUUGUUUCUUUUUUAUCUGUAAAAUCAUUGUGUAGGACAUGUUUUCACGGAUCUUGAUAAACCUUAAUCUAAGCCUUAACACAUGUGAAAUAGUUCUGUAUUUGUUGGCACAUAUUACCAUGUUUCUGAUGUACAGUGUAGUAUCAAUCUUGAUUUCAUUCUCUGUACAAAAUGUGUUACAAUCAGUUGUCAAAAAAACACUUGUUUAAUUUGAUCGUCUUUUGAUUGUAUCUUCAGCCUUAAUGUCAUACUGUACAUGGUGUAAGUAGAACUACAUUGUGAAUACUAAGUUCAUCCAUUUGUAAUCAAACAUGUUGAAUCCUGCUCCACUAAUUAAUGUGCUUUGUAACAUUCCAGUCCUUCCUUGCAUUUUCUUUUGAUAAAUAUAUUUUAAUUUAAGUUAA